GCCGUCGUUUCACUCUGUACCGCACUCACUCGCGUACUCUACCCUUCCUCCUCCCUCUCCCUCUGCUAAUCGCCGACGGCUAAUUUUACGCACUUAACGUGCGCCGAAUCGAUAUGGCUUUGCGGCUCUCGAUGCUAAGAAGCGCCGAUAGGAAAGCGGAGUACGCCCUAGGUGGCAUCCGGCGUUUUGCCCACGCAUUGGCCCAACCAGCGCCGCUAGAUACUGCAAUCACCCACCGGAUCAACACCACCUCGCCACCGUUGGCUUUGCCGGAAAAUCAUGACGACAAAAACACGAGAGUCGAAUUUCCGAAUUUACCAUAUUUUGGUGGAGCCAUGGAACUCAUGGCUGUUCCCAAGAGGAAGACUACGCCACACAAGAGAGGUAUUAGAAACGGACCAAAGGCUUUGAAACCUAUCCCGGUAAUCGUCCGCUGCAAGGCUUGUGGUCGGGUGAAGCUGCCACACUUCUUCUGCUGCAGUGGGAUCAAGCAAAAUCCUGAAGAGAACAACAGUUAGAAUUUAUUACUGUGCUCCUGAAUGUCGAAAUCUUUUUGCUACAUGAUUCAGCGUAUUCUUGUUUAAAAAUUGCCUGGUUUUUUUUCUUUCUUUGGGUCAAUUGCGAGACAAUGCCUUACCUGCGGGUUCUAUCGCUAUAAACUAGACAUGUUUAAAGUUGUUACUUAGGUUCAGUUUUUGCUGUUGACUAAUGCUUAAGGUAAUAAUUAAUUUUGCAUUCAGAGUCUUUUGAAA